CUAAUCUGACAUUUAAUGUCAGUUGCACGCGGUGCUUUGCUUUGAGAAUAUGUGUAUUUACGAAGAAUUUGUUUUAAAAAAAGUGAGCAUCGAUAUAGUUAAUAUUUUUAAAACGUUAUGUUAAAUAAAAAGACUUAGGAAUACUUCUAUAAGUGCCGUGCAAUGAUUUAGAACAAUACUAAUUAACAAUAGGAAAAUUUGUUGAGUUACACUUCUCAGAACUUAGGAUUUAUCAUUUCUAGAUUUGAUAUGAACAUGUGGAGGUUCCUGACCCUUACUUUGAUGGCAAGCGUCGCAGAAGUCCUGGGGACUGCAGGUCAAUACUGUUCGGUGAAUACCUUUACAAGUAACACCGCUGGGAUGCAGUUUACCAAAGAGCCUGUCCCCACUGAAUUUGGUUUCGAAGACAAGUUCAAGAGCAUACAUUGCUGCGUCAAGGGAUACAGAAGUAUCGAAUGGUUCAAAAACGGCGUGCCGUAUCCCUGGUCUGCCGGAGUGUCAAACCUGAUCCUGUACCCAGAAGCAGCCAACCAGACACUGUACACGGGAAGCGCUACCCGUUCAGAUUCCGGGAACUAUACUUGUCGGAUCAGCAAUGAAACCCACAGCGAUGUUCAUACAAUCACUCUUGAUAUCCUCGAUAAACCUAUCGACCGCCCUCGAAGGAUGUUCAUCUCCAAAGAUCAGUGGGUAGACGAGGGUGACGAGCUACGGUUGUUCUGCGAGGCGCUCGUAGGAAAAUCGUAUUUAGCCGACGCCCUUAGCGACCUCCGAUGGCGAAAAAUAUGGCCGAACGGCACGGAGGGUGAUUUGUUGCCUACGCAAAACGAAACCAGGACGCACCGCGACGACGUGACCGACAUUCGCGGCUCGUUCAUGCACGUGGCGCGCGUCACCCCGCUCGACUUCGGCGCGUAUGCGUGCGUAGUGCACAGCAACGGCGCCGUCGUCACCAGCAACGUCACCGUCCACCGCAGAGGCGAAGAGGAGCCGGGCGUGCAGGUGCAGGCGACGCCGGGCUCGGAGAGCUCGAGUCCCGUGGGCGGGCGGCGGCGGCGGCGGCGGCGGCGGCGCGGUGCCGUGGCGCGCGCUGGUGCUGUGCGCGGCGUGCGGCGCGCUGGCGCUGCUGUCGGUGGCGGCGCUGCACCGCCGCUGCACGCCGCGCCUGCUGCUCGCGCUGCAGCAGCUGCGCGCGCGCACCGCCGGGCCCGCGCGCCGCGCCAGAGUGCUCGAGAAGGAUUUCGACGUGGUGGUGUGCUGGACGCCUGUGGACGAGGAGGUGGUGCGCGGCGCGCUGCUGCCCACGCUCACUCUCAAGUACAAGUACCGCGUCCACGAGUUGCAAUUGUCUACCAUGCCCGACAACUGGUACAACGAGAUGUCGCCGGAGCUGGCGCGGUGCCGGUCGCUGCUUGCGGUAGUGUCCCCGUCGCAGUAUACCGCGCAGCAAUUGCUGGAAGCGCUGAGACAGCUGCGUGCGCUACCGCUCUCGCCCGUCGUCGUACUACUGCAGGACCUGCCGAAGCUGAAGCGCGAGGCGAAGGAGAGCGGCGCGCGGCUGGUGGAGGUGGUGCGCGGGCUGCGGCUGCUGGCCUGGCGCCACGUGCACGACCGCGCCUUCUGGCGGGAGCUACGCCCGCUGCUGCCGCUCCCGCCCUCGCACUACCAACACGAUAAUAAAACGAAUACAACUCAAAACUCAGCAGAUAGCGUCCAAAACACAGGUAGUCUAACAGCGCUCGUUUGAGAGUUAGACUAUCUACUCAAACGGUUUGGGACUCUGGGACUAGCACAGCUAAGACUUAAGUGUAGGCAGCUGAGCCUGUGUAACUUUUGUAUAAAUAGUUAACGAGUGUUUGACACCGUGGCAACUUCGAGGGCGAGGCGCGACACGACCACUGUGCUGCUAACUUGCAUCAAGACUGUGAAUUAGUGCUUAUAUAUAAAACUAUCAUCUUAUAUAAGUUAAUUAUAGGAAAAAACGAAUUUCGAAUUACAGAGUUUAAGAUCUCACGUGUCUUCUGUAUUACUUUCCAUUGCACAUUUCUCAUUUCUCCAUUUAUAUUUCAUGUGCCAAAGGAAAGUAAGAAUUAUAUCAUGACAUUGUAUUUCUAAGAUACGUCUGAUGGUUGUUCAGUAUUUAUUAUUAUUAUUUAUCUUCUUGAUAUUUUGCACGACGUUUCAGCUUCGAUUAGUAGUAUCAACAUCUUUUUUUAGUAUUAUUUUCAUAUGAUUCUCGUAGUAAUGUUCAUUUAUUUUACAUCUAUGGAACGUUGUGUACUAAGUUUAAGUUAUUUACAAUGCGUAUAUGUAUUGUGUAUAAACGCUUAAAAAGUUCGAAUAAAAUUAGAAACUUAAGCAAAAUUCCUUUUGUAAAAGGAACUAUUUAUUCUUACUUUGAACAGCUGUUUCAUGUAUUACGCAAUUGUAUUUAUUACUUAAUCUAUUUAUCUUAGUAUUUCGUUAUAUUUAAUGCUAUUCUAGAUAUUGGUCUGUUAAGGAUUAGGAAUGAAACAUAUUAUGUUUCAAGGGUCUGUGAUAAUUAUGGAUGGAAAUAAAUAGUAGUGUAUUGAAAGAGGUCCUUCCUCAUUAGUCUAUAAAAGGGAUUAUUGGAAAAUUCAAUAAUUGUAAAAUUUCUUUUUAUACGUUAAUAUUAAUAUUUUUCAUUAUGUUCUACGACUGAAAUAAUUUUACGCUAGUUUACUACUCGUCAAGUUAUAUUAAUGCUGUCACCACAACUUUUUGUGUCAGCAUAUAAUAGGAGUCUAAUAUCUAUAAAUGAGUAAAUCAAAAUUACAGUAUUUUAAGGUCAAUUCACACCGACAGAAUGGUAGCGAAGAGCUAUUGUACUCGAGAUACUGAGCUACUAACUGACGCGAGGGUCAUCAUUUAUUUUAUACCAAUUUUUAACUGUAUGUUGAAACAACUAAAGUCUAUUUCCGUAUGACAAUGGUGACUUAAUUCGUCCCUUCAUCGCGCUACUCUAUCGGUGUGCGCUGACUCUUGUUUAGUCUACUUACUACAUUUAUCAAUUUAUACAGUAUUGGAUGUAAAUAUUAAGAAUAAAGAAAAGUAUUUUGAUUAAAUGGUGAUUAGAUAAUACUAAGAACCUAAGAUGGUUAAUAUAAUGUUUUGUAGUGUUAUCACUUUUUACAUUCCGUUAUGUGUUUUUUUUUUUUUUAUAAAAUUAAGUUUAUUGUAAAAAUAAUUAUGAACCAAAUUGAAUAAAAAUGGAAAUUA